UCAGCUGCUAUUGCUCUCCGACGGCAGGGACACCGAGUUACAGUAUAUGAAAGAUACGACUUCGCAAAUGAGGUUGGAGCAUCAUUGUCUGCCGCCUCCAUUGGAUGGGAGGUUCUGGAGCAAUGGAAGGUAGAUAUACCCGCCGUGAAGCCCUUGGUUCUCCAGAAAUUGAUUGUAAGAUUAACUGAAUGGGAAACCGGAGCCGUCAGAGGAGAAUAUGAACUGGGCGAUUAUAAAGCUAGAUUUGGAACUGGGAAAAUGGGGCUGCAAAGAAAGAUUGUUGUGAACCAUAAAGUAUUAGAAGUCAAUGUUGAGAAGGGGUUCGUCAAAUUUGAGAAUGGCAACACAGCUACUGUGGAUCUGAUAGUUGCUGCAGAUGGUAUUUGCAUAUUUUUUCUAAUCAUUGUCGCCCAAAACUUGGGAAUAACGCCUAGCGUAGAGAGUAGCACAUCUUGUUGUCAUCGAGGUAUUAGUCAGUCCUCGAAAUUACAUGAGCUCGGCCUCUCAGAAUUCGUCCUGAAUAAUGGUAUCGAAUUCUGCGGCGGUUUCGGCAUCAACAAAAUUGUGAUGUCUGCUUGCCAUAGUGGGGAGAACAUCAGUUGCUACUGUUUCUUUCCGUGA